AUGUUCAAGCCUCUAUCAACAGCCUACUCAGAAGAACUAUCAGCAUACCUUCAUAGAAGCCAGGGCCUAGCUUCUAUCACCAAAGGUGAUUUCUUUCCCCUAUUCUGGAAUGCGUGGAAUACCUCCUUUAAGGAAUCAACAAUCCUGAGCUCUUUCAAAUCAACAGGUAUAUCACCACUUGAUCCUAGUCCUAUCCUUGAUAGAUUCACCCAGGAUCAGGAAGAAUCAGGUGAUAGCUCCUUAUCAAGGCUCAACGAUCAUGACUGGAGAAAGCUAGAUAGGCUUGUACGCUCUGCAGCAAAGGAUCAGAGUAGCAGGGAUACACAGAAGCUUCGCCUAUCGCUCCACCACCUAUCUGUUCAAAAUGAGCUACUCCACCACGAGAUCGAUGGGCUUAGGCAGGCACUAUCUAUUAUGGAGCAGGAGGAUAAUGAGGAGCAGCUUCAAAAGGCAGAGACAGCAGAGCUGAAGAAGGCAGCUAAGCUAUGUAAGGAGAAAAUCCGGCAGGAAAGGCGUGCUGCGCGAGAUGCAGCUAGAGAGGCAAAGGAGAAGGAGAGAGCUGAAAAGGCAGCUCAGCGCGCUGCCCAGCAAUCUACGCGUAAUGCUGAAAAAGCUCUACAAUCAUCCCAAAAGGGUAAGAGGAAGAUCUCUCAGCUAUCUCUACAGACUAGAAAGCGUCAUAAGUGUGCAGGCGAUGCUCUAGCUAUCAGGGAGGCCUCAGAAGGCGCAUCUGCUGCUCAGACCAAAACAACACGCCACGGUCGCAACGUUAAGCUUCCAGAUAGAUAUCAGUAG